AAAGGAAACGCCGCAGCUUUGAGCUUCAUACAUAUUUGCCUCAACUUCAAGUGGACGUUUGAAACUUUGGAAGAUGUUUUCACUCGGGGAGACAAUGGAGUUCCUCAUAGGAAACCCCUUUUCAACGCCCGUCGGUCAGAGAAUCGAGCGAGCGACCAGUGGCUCUGUGCAGUCAGAGGAUUGGGGACUCAACAUGGAGAUAUGUGAUAUCAUCAACGAGACAGAUGAAGGGCCCAGAGAUGCAGUCAAAGCUAUAAAGAAGAGAAUCGUUGGGAACAAGAACUUCAGAGAGAUCAUGUUGUCUCUUACUGUUCUCGAGGCCUGUGUGAAGAACUGCGGUCAUCGCUUCCACGUUCUGGUUACGUCUCAGGACUUUGUUGAAGGAGUUUUGGUCCGUUCCAUCUUGCCCAAAUACAACCCCCCCACUGCCCUUCAUGACAGGGUGCUCAGCCUCAUACAGUCGUGGGCCGAUGCGUUUCGUAGCUCCCCCUCCCUUUCUGGGGUGGUGUACGUAUACGACGACCUGAGGAGACGAGGUCUGGAGUUCCCCAUGACAGAUCUGGAUGCUCUGUCCCCUAUCCACACUCCUAACAGAAGUAUCCCUGAAAACGGGACUGAGACGACCCCUGUCACCACUCCUCCACAUCAGCCACAAACUCAAACUGCUUCCAGUGUUCCCACUCAGAAUGCUUCACCUCAAGUCCAACCUAGUGAAGGACCAGCCUCACUAUCUGCAGAACAGGAACAGAAGUUGCGGAGUGAGCUGGCACUUGUGAAAGGAAAUCUCACUGUGAUGUCUGAAAUGCUGAAUGAGUUGAAACCUGGACAGACUCAGCUGGGCGAUACAGAACUUCUACAGCAGCUGUACUCUGUGUGUAAGAGCAUGCAGGCUCGAGUGGUGGAGCUCAUCCCUCAGUUGCUGGAUGAAGGAUUUAUUGAAGAGCUGCUCAUGAUCAACGAUGACCUCAACAACGCUUUCAUCCGCUAUGAGAGGUUUGACAGACUUAACAACGCACAGAUUACAAAUACGCCACAGCAGAGCUCUGUCAGCAGCCCGAGCCUCAUCGACUUCAGCCCCGAAACUUCCACUCUCAGCCAACCUGCCGUCAUCACAACAAACAGCCAACUAGCAGCCAGCACUUCAGCCAAUCAGAAGCCAUCAGUUAACCACAAAGAGGAAGAGGAGUUUGACAUGUUUGCCCAAACCAGAGGCAGCUCCCUGGCUGAGCAGAGGAAGAGUGUCAGGUAUGAGGACCCAGGAGCUGUGGAGGGCCUCGCUGGAGCCCUGGACUCAAGGUUGCAGGUCACAGGAGGGAUGCCACCAGUGAAAAACCCUGUGCAGAAUGAUAUUGACAGAUGGCUGUCUAGUGAUAUGCAAGACCAGUCUGCAGUCAGUGAGGGAGUGUCCAGUGAAGAGUUUGAUAAGUUUUUGGAGGACCGGGCGAUAGCGGCAGACCCCAACGGCCAGACGAUUCGCAAUGUGCCGCAAUCCACCUCCAGACCACCGCCACAAUCUUCUACCCAGCAACAGAACAGAUCACAUGACCAGCUUUUUUCACUCUGAGUUUGGGGACAGAGGAAGAGGAGCAGGUAGAUGUAAAGGUCAACAUGCACAUUCCACAUAUCACACUGAAAUAUACCUACAAUCAAACACACACUGUGCCAAGUCAGGUUGUUUCUGAAAGUACACACACACACACACACACACACACACACACACACACACACACUCACAUACAAUAAAACCUGGCACUACAGAACUGAUGUGUAAUCAAUGCAUUGCAAAAAUGACAGUAUAUCUUUGUUUGUUGGGUUCAUGUGGGUAUAAAUAAAAUGAUGUGAUUGUAUUUAUGGAAUGUAUUAUAAUAUAUGAUAAUGUCCAUGUAAACCAAACAUAGAUGUGUGUUUACAGUUGAGCAUAACGUUGAAAAUAUUUGAUAUCACACCAAAAUGUGCCUUUGACCCAGACAGCUGAUUUUGUGCAGAAAAGAAUAAAUG